CACCAGAACUUAUAUGAUGCAUUGCUCCGGCAGUUUGAAUUAAACCACUGCUGAACGUGGACGGAAAAAUAAUGUGCUGUCAUUUAACAUAAUAUACGUACUUCGAGAUAACAUAAUUAAAAAAGGGGAACAUUUAGUGACAAGUAGCAGGAAUUGAAAAUAGUGCAGCGAUUCCUUGAUAACGCAGCAACAGGGUCGAACUUAAUGUUUUGAGACGUCUUUGACAUAUUGUUAAUACCUAUGCAGAUUACUUUUAGAUAAUAUACCGCUUAAAGUUUUCGGUAGCUAUGAUAAUCCUUCGUGAGAUAUCGAUGCGUGGCAAAAUGGCCAUGCGUGGAUUUUCAAGGUCAUACGUCAGAAGAUAUAGUACUGCUGUUAUUAAAAGCCCCUUUGGAAACGUCACGAUACCGGAUCAAACGUUAAGCCAGUUUGUGUGGUCCCGUUCAGCCAAGUGGGAAGAAUUGCCAGCAGUGACAUGUGGGGUCACUGGGAGGUUUUACACCUACGGGAUGGCUAAGAUGUUGCACAACCGCGGUGCAAAAGCACUCCUUGAGAGAGUUCGCCUAAAUCCCGGGGACCGAGUGGGCCUACUUCUCCCGAACAUUCCGGAAUAUUUGAUUACGGUACACAGUUGUGCAGAGGCAGGCCUCACUAUCACAUUUGCCAACCCAUUGUACACUGCUGAAGAAUUGGUCAGACAGUUCAAGAACGCGGAAGUCAAAUGCAUUAUCACAGUUCCGCAAUUACUCGAGACAGCAUUGAAAGUAAUGAGAAACUUGCCGAACUAUACGCAAACCAUCAGCAUCGGGGGAGAUACUGAGCCCGAUAAAAAUGUUUUAGGUAUGCAGAGCCUAUUGGCUGAGAAUUAUGACGUGACUCUGCCAGAAGUGAAAAGUACAGACGUUGCAGUGCUACCUUACAGUUCUGGAACAACGGGUCUACCCAAAGGAGUAAUGUUAUCCCAUAAGAACUUAGUAGCUAACUUAAUGCAAGUUUCCCAUCCAGAAGUGACCAAUGUCUUAUCGCCGUCCGAAGGGUUUCAAGAAACCAUUUUAACGGUUCUUCCGUUCUUUCACAUAUAUGGCUUCAAUGCGAUCCUGAAUUUUCUUAUUUACCACGGUGGACAUAUCAUUACGAUGCCGAGAUUUACUCCUGAAGAUUAUCUGCAAUGUUUGGAGAAGUACAAACCAACGGUUCUCUUCGUUGUACCAUCGUUAUUGUUGUUUUUAGCUACUCAUCCGUCAGUUACACCUCAACGUUUAGAUAGCAUAAAGAGAAUCGUGUGCGGCGCUGCACCUGCUAGUAAGAAUUUAAUCGACAAAUUCAAACAGAAAUUGAAUCACGAUGAUUGUGUUAUUAAUCAAGGAUAUGGGAUGACGGAGACUAGUCCUGUAACUCUGUACACGCCCCAAUCAAUGCCGAGCUCUAAAGUAGGAAGUUGUGGACAAUUAGUUCCAUCAACGGAAGCUCGUAUAAUCGAUUUAACAAACGGAACCGAUAUCACAGAACCAUUAAAACCAGGAGAACUUCUUGUAAAAGGUCCUCAGAUAAUGAAGGGCUAUUUAAAUAACCCCAAAGCAACGUCUGAAGUUAUCGAUUCUAAUGGGUGGCUGCAUACUGGUGAUGUUGGGUAUUACGAUGAUGAUGGAUACUUCUAUAUUGUGGACAGGACGAAAGAGCUGAUCAAAGUCAAAGGAAAUCAGGUGUCACCGACGGAACUAGAAUCAAUUCUAUUGGAACUGCCAGAGGUAGCAGAUGUAGCAGUAGUAGGAGUGCCAGAUACACUAGCCGGAGAGUUACCGAAAGCCUUUAUCGUGAAAAAACCUAAUACAAAUUUGACAGCGGAAAUUAUUAAUCAUCAUAUAGACCCUAAGGUAGCAGCAUAUAAGAGACUCACUGGGGGUAUAACGUUUAUAGAUGCUAUUCCUAGAAAUCCAUCAGGAAAAAUCUUGCGUAAUCAACUUAAAGUCUUAGGAAAAUAAAUUUAAUGAAAAUUGGACCAAAUGCAUAUAGUUGCCCAGAUUUCUUUUUGUGCUGAUAAAUAUAUCGAUUAUAAAAUACUGAA